CCCCGAUGGGCCAUGACGGCCCUGCCCCUGCGUUUGGCGCGGCCCGACGCCUCCCUCGCGUCAUGGGCAUGUUCCUCUCUUUGCAUGAGGAGUGAGGCAGCACAUUUCUGCUCCAGAGCUAGCGAGGAGGCCCUCUUUGGGGCCCCGGCCCGCCCGCGUUGCCAUCAUAGGGCUGGUCCGUCGGACCGACGGUGCGCGCUCCGCUCCCCACCGCUCCGCGCUGCUCACCGGAGGCCUCCAGCAGGCUGGUCGCCGAGUCCGUCCAGGCGCUCUUCCGCACCGGCGGGAAAAGGCUCAGGCCAGCGCUGACGCUGCUAGUGGCGAAGGCCAUGGGUGCUGAGAAGGAGCGCUUGAGCCGCGUGGCGUCCCUCGCCGCCAGCAUCGAGGUCUUGCACUCCGCCUCGCUGGUGCACGACGACAUCCUCGACGCCGCGGAGUUCAGGCGCGGCGAGCAGACGAUGCACGUGCAGCUCGGCGAGCGCGCCGCGACGCUCGUGGGCGACUUCCUGUUCGCCACCGCCUCGGUGCUGGUGGCAGAGCUGGGGAGUCUGCCCGUUGUCGUGCUCAUAUCGAAGGCCACGCUCCGAGGCCGCGGCGAGCUGGCACAGUCCGCCGUGCGCUUCGAGGCGGUGGAUUAUUCGCUGGAGGACUACCUGGCCAAGUCGUUCUACAAGACCGCCUCCCUGCUCGCGGCGGCCUGCCAGAGCGCGGCCGUGCUCAGCGGCGCGGGCCCGGAGUCCCCCCAGGCGCAGUCCUGCUACAAGUUCGGCGCGUACGUCGGCCUGGCCUUCCAGGUCGUGGACGACAUCCUCGAUUUCACGUCCACAGAGGAGGAGAUCGGGAAGCCGGCGCUGGCGGACCUGAAGGAGGGCAACCUCUCGGCGCCCGUGCUCUUCGCGGCGCAGGAGCGGCAGGCGUCGGGCGACGGCGGCGAGUUCGGCCUCGAUCCAGAGGGACGUCGGGAGCUGCUGGAACUCCUCGAUCGCAGGCUCUCUGGCGAAGAGGACCUCGAGAGGACGAAGGCCCUGGUUGCGGACGCGGGCGGCGUGGCGCGAGCGAAGGCGUUGGCGCGUCGCUUCGUCGACCUCGCGGCGCUGGAGCUGGAGGAGCUCCCGGACAGCGAAGCUCGAGCAGGGCUGCGGACGUUCGCGGAGUUUGUGAUCGCGAGGAGCUUCUGAGAUGUCCUGGCUCCCGCUCCGCGCCGUGGGGUCCCCUGGCCCGCUGGCCCUUUGGCCAGAGGCCAGGGGCAGCGGCGUUUUUUUUUCGGACCCAGACGGGCCGAGGCCUGUCUGAGGAGGAGGAGGAGG